CAUGAUCUUCCCGUCAUAAUCUCGCGAGACUCGAGCUACACGCAAGCCAACAUACACUCACUUGUUACGACAUACACCCUCCUCCCCGCCAGUCCUGCCUCCACUAUGGCAGAACAAAACCCCAUGGUUACUCUCCAGACGGAGCUCUCACGCUUCCGCAGAGCGACACUCAACUCAGCCGUCAAGGACGCUGACAAGCUCCUCGAACUCCUCAUUCAGGCGAGGGAGCAAGUCGCCAAUGCAUCUGAUCCGCACCGCGCAAGCUUGACGAUGACCAAGUUACAAAAUCCCGUUACCGCGGGCUUUGACGCAAUAAAUAACGACUUGAAAGAGGUCUCAAAAGCCCAAAAGACUUUUGGCAAGGCCCUUGAUAAGUCCUUCCCCCUCCGGCCUCUCUCGACAGAUUAUGAUGCAAUGGCCGCAUAUCCCUCUUUAAUCAACCGCGCCGUAGCAAUGCACAUGCUUCGUGAGGGCCAGUUCAGCGUAGCCUCGACUUUUCUCCGCGAAGCCCACGAGCGACCUCCGCCACUUUCUGCCAACAACCCAACCCUCGAUGCAGACAUACACUCUCUUCAGUCCCGGGAGCUACAAGACAAGUUUGCAAGCAUGUACAAAAUCCUCAACGAGCUCAAGAACAGGAAACUCGUCCCAGCCAUAGAGUGGGCGCGCCUCAACAGUGACGAGCUGGAAGCUCGCGGCUCCAACCUCGAGUUCGAGCUGAGCAAGCUCCAGUUCGUCUGGCUGUUCAAGGGCCCCGAAAUAAAUGGCCUGCCGGAUGACGAGCACAACGGCCGGAUAGGUGCCCUCGCCUACGCCCAAAAACACUUUGGUCGCUUCCAGACUCGCCAUAUCAAGGAGAUCCAGCAGCUGUCUUGCGCCAUGGUCUACGCUUCCAAUAUCGGCCAGUCGCCCUAUGCCAAUAUCUUCGAGACAUCCGCCGCUUUUGACGACGUCGCCCUAUCCUUCACGCGCGAGUUCUGCUCUCUCCUCGGCCUCUCUGCUGAAUCACCGCUAUACGUCGCCGCGACGGCUGGCGCCAUCGCACUGCCCCAGCUCAUCAAGUACACUACAUACGUCAAGGCCAAGCGCACUGAAUGGACAACGGAGAGUGAGCUCGCGUUCGAGACGCCGCUACCUCGUAGCAUGGUCUACCACCCCAUCUUCGUCUGUCCCGUGAGCAAAGAGCAAACAACAGAGCAGAAUCCGCCAAUGAUGCUGCCUUGCGGCCACGUCAUUUGUAAAGAGUCGCUCCAGCGCCUGACUAAAGGCUCCCGCUUCAAGUGCCCAUAUUGCCCCAAUGAGGGCCAUAUCAAAGAUGCUCGGGAGAUUAAGCUGUAG